CUCCAAGAAUCCGAUUCACACAACGGAAAAAUAUGUUGCUUCAAGCAGAAAAUGAUUCAAUCAAGCAAAAGAUUGCAACUUGUAGCGGAAAGCUUAUGGUGCAACAAGCUGAACAUGAAAAGUUACAAAAGGAAGCAGAUUCGCUCAAGCAGCUCUUUCAGGUUAUGAAGUUGCAAGAAGCAGAGGCGGCUUUCAACCCUCUAGCCGGGCCUGGUUAUAUGGCUUUCAACUCUCCAGCCCUACUGGGUUGUCAGGCUUUUGGUCCUAACUCUGAAGCAAAUUAUCAACCCUUCAACCGUCUGGCAGGACUGAGUUCGGAAACUGUUGAUUUUGGCCAGUUUUAUGAAGCUGCUGCGGCUGAUCAGUUCAAUUUUGAACCGCCUGGGCUAGAUGAUCAGUUUAGCAGUGAUCCUGUGGGGCUUAACCACCAGUUGGAUGAACCAGUUGGCUUCUCUGAGUUCACUGAUGAACUGGCAGUGGUCGUCAGGCCCCACAUCUUGGCUAACAAAGGUGCUGACCAAGUCGGAGCUGGGGCUGAUCAGUCCAUUGAAGGCAUGAACUUAGAUAGUUCCGAUAGUUCUCAGAAGGCAGCUGGAUCUUCCUCCGACCCGUUUAUGUGAGCCUCCGACAAGUUCUUGUGUUUGAUGCUUAAAUUUGGACGUUUUGUUGUUGUCAUUGUUUUGAUAAAUUAAACUCUAUUGUGGCUGGGGUGGAUUUUAUUUCUC